GAAUACUUACCGUAUGAUUGAACAAGAUGACUUUGACAUCCACAGCAGGUUACACACAAUAGUGAGAGGGGAAGAUGAAGCCGCUAUGGUGGAAUCUGUUGGUCUUGCCUUAGUCAAGUUGCCCGAUGUGCUCAAUCGUCUGAAACCUGACAUAAUGAUAGUCCAUGGAGACCGGUUUGAUGCUUUAGCGCUAGCUACUUCUGCUGCCUUAAUGAACAUUCGAAUUCUUCACAUUGAAGGUGGAGAAGUCAGUGGGACCAUAGAUGAUUCCAUCAGGCAUGCUAUUACCAAGCUGGCUCAUUACCACGUGUGUUGCACAAGAAGUGCAGAACAGCAUUUGAUCUCUAUGUGUGAAGACCAUGACCGCAUCCUUCUGGCAGGAUGUCCUUCGUAUGACAAGUUGCUGUCUGCCAAAAAUAAGGAUUAUAUGAGCGUUAUCCGAAUGUGGUUAGGUGAGGGUGUAAAACCAAAAGAGUAUAUAAUCGCUUUGCAGCAUCCUGUGACCACAGACAUUAGACAUUCUGUAAAGAUGUUUGAACUGACUUUGGAUGCCCUCAUCUCUUUUAACAAGAGAACUUUGAUUUUAUUCCCAAAUAUUGAUGCAG